AUGUGCAGACAACUAGUCCUCUUUAGCAUCAAAGCAACUGAAACUUUUUAUUCUAGAUCUACAUUAGAAGAUCAAUUGUCUAUAAUAAAUUACCAAAAACGUUUAACAGCAUUAAUGCAUUGUGAAGAAAUACAGAUGGAAGUUGAUAUUAGACAGUAUGAUAUGGAAGAGGCCACCAUGACAGUUUGUCCUGAGAAUAAAAGAUUAUUAGUGUUAAAAGUUCCUGGUUUAGCUGAGAAUCGUCCCUCAGUACUACGUGGUGAUUGGUUAUUUAUUCGUGUUGUUGAUUCUGAUGAUAAAGAAUAUAAAGGUUAUGUACAUGAAGUUCGAAAAAAUGAGGUUUUGCUAGGAUUUCAUAAAAGUUUAUUAGAAAAGAUGACACCAUUAACCAAGUUUAGCGUAAGAUUUGUAUUUAAUCGUUUACCAGUCAAGUUACAACAUCGUGCUAUUGAUUAUAUCAAUACACAUAAAAACGAUUAUGAAGCUUUAUUAUUCCCUACUGAGGAUCAGAUUGGAAAAUAUGGUUUAAUGAAACCAUUAAAUGUUGAAUUGAGGUAA